CAAAAGUAGCCAUGGAUUUUCUCUUUUACUCUGCCGCUUUUGUUGUCGCUGUGCUCAUAGUAUUCACGCUGCGCAGAAGAUCUCUACAUCUUCCUCCUGGACCCAAAGGUCUUCCCAUCGUUGGCAAUUUGUUUGAUUUCGGCGGCGAUGCUCUCUAUGUCAAAGCUCGUGACUGGUCUAAGGAAUAUGGAGACGAUGUUAUCUCGCUCACCACUCUCGGACACACGACGGUCAUCUUGAACUCUGCCCAAGCAGUUGCGGACUUGUAUGUCUCACGAGGAGCGAACUACUCCGACAGACCGGAUAUGCCAAUGCUCAUUGACCUGGUUGGUUGGGAUUGGACGUUUGCGCUAAUGAGAUAUGGUCCUCGAUGGAAGGAGCAUCGUCGUGUUUUCCACAACGAAUUCGAUGCGACUAUCAAGGAGCACCGUGUCAUCCAAGUGCCAGCAGCCCAUGAACUUAUUCGACUUCUGCUCUCGGACCGAACUCCCAAGAAAUUCCUUGAUCAUCUAGAGCACUAUACUGCGCGUAUCAUCAUGCAGAGAGUAUAUGGGUACACCUUUGAGGACGCGAUGAAAGAUCCGUUCGUGUUGGUCAACAAGGCAGCCUCGGAGACCACAUCGACGGCGACAGUCCCGGGUACAUUCCUAGUCGACACCUUUCCCAUUCUGAAGCACGUCCCUGAAUGGAUGCCAGGAGCAGGCUUCAAGAAGAUUGCUCGUGAAUGGCGUAUUCUUCAAGAAGCGGUGGUGAAUCGGCCCUUUGAUAUGGUCAGGGACCAGCACUCGAAAGGCAUAGCAAAGCCUUGCUUUGUCGGCUCUUGUCUCGAGGACCGGACGAAUGCGACGUCAAAGUCACUUGACGAAGACGUGAUCAAGAGUAUCGCUGCUGUUGUAUACGCUGCUGGUGAGAAAUCCAAUCUUGCUACCUUGACUAGUUUCGUACUGGCCAUGGUAAUCCAUCCCGAGGUCCAGAAGCGGGUGCAAAUUGAACUCGAUUCUGUGCUCGGCGGUGAACGACUGCCCACGUUUGAGGACAAGGAGCACCUUCCAUACUUCUGGAACGUAAUGCGUGAAGUGCUUAGAUGGCUCGUUGUUUUCCCUUUUGCCAUCCCACAUCGUGCGAUGAACGCGGACACGUAUAAAGGGUUUCACAUCCCGGCCAAUGCGACCAUCCUCGGAAACACCUGGGCAAUCAUGCAUAACCCAGAAAUGUAUCCUGAUCCCGAGACGUUCAAACCGGAACGUCACGAAGCGGAAGGCGUUCCUGACCCUAUUGAGUGUGGGGUUUUUGGCUACGGCAGACGGCAAGUCCAGACCACUAUUGCAAGCGUACAAUAUCUGAUCGCCUCUUCAUCUCUUAGAUCCUGCUCGGGCAAGAACAUGGCCCUUGAUACCGUCUGGAUUGCGAUGGCUACUAUACUCGCUGUCUUCAACAUCGAGAAGGCAGUCGAUGAAAAUGGCAACGUCAUCACACCUGCAGUAGCAUUCCGUAGAUCGACUAUCAAUCAUCCCGCCCCAUUCGAUUGCGUUUUCAAACCAAGAUCGGCUGCUGCUCUUGCUCUAAUACAACAGACGCAGGAUUAGAUUAGCAAUACAGCUGCUACGCAUCUCUUUAUUGUAUCAUUGAGCUUCUGCUGUAUGUCAUAGAAGUAAAUACAUACUUACGAUAGCAGUUUAUCUAGCUGACUGCUGGUCUUUGAACACGCGUUUCACAUGGGCAUAUGUCGAAUGGUGUUGAUCUGCCUUCUAAUUGCAUCCGUUUGGUGAUAAGCU